CCGCUGCAAUGCUGUGAGGCUUUGAAAGUGAACAUGGAUUGUUAAGUGUUUUCACUUGUGUGAAUGAAAUUCCAAUGAUUUCAAAAAAAGAAAAGUGUGUGUGUUUUUAAGAUACUCCAGGCUGCAGAACAACAACAUUGUUCAUGCAUCACUUUGAAGCACAUUCUAAGCCAUGUGAUGACUUGAGUCAGUGCUGCUCUCGUUGUCUGUAAUGAUGGAGGAGUGGUGUGAGUUGGUGACCUAUUUCGGUGCAUAGAUUUCCGCACUGUUUGGCAAUCUCAGCAGUUUGACUCUUGAUGUGUGCACUACAACUCCACCAUCAUUACUGAGUGACAACACCUCAGCCUAAAGAUGUCUUCAAGUUGGAUGCAGGUGACAUUUCUCCUUGCACACUUGAUUGUUGCAGGAGCGGUGGUGUACCAGUACCCAGGGUCACUAACAGUGGCAGAGGGUACCAAUGUGACAUUUCACUGUGACAUCAGUGAAAUGGGAGGGGAAUGCUCUUAUAUCGUAUGGGUGCAAGUGGGACCUAUGAGAAAGCUCACACUCUGGCCUCGAAAAACCUACAGUGUCCACACCAACACAGCCUGCCUCCUGGACAUCAUCAACGCCAACAGGACAAGUGUGGGCACCUUCUACUGUGCCCUGCUUAACGGUGCCAUGCUGAACAUGGGCAAUGGGAGUGUGCUGGAAGUCUCUGACCCUGUCACCUCUGACGCUGCUCUGGAGGUCCUGGUGCCCGUGGACUGGCAGGAGGCCCCCUCAUCCCCAGUCCCACUCAUGUGCCUGGUGUCUGGGCUGGAUCCCAGUCAGGCCAGGGUGUACUGGGAGGUGGGGGGGAAGGUUCAGUCCUCAGAGCGUUUACCUGAGGUUCUGUCAGAGAAACCAGCCAGUGUCAGAGUCCAGCUCUCUGUACCUGGCCAUACCUGGGCUGAAGGUGAAGAGAUCACCUGUGUUAUGGAGAGCACCAGUGGGGUGAAGAUGAACAAGACAGUCAGCAGGAUGGGAAUGGAGAGGUCCAGACAGGGAAUGUUUCUGGCCAUCUCUUUGGGCGGCAUGUGUAUCCUUCUUUCUAUUGUGGUGAUUAUCAUCACCUUGUAUGUCUGCAGACUGAGACACAACCCUCGAAAUAAAAUAUUUCAACCCUGUGAGCACAACCAGGAUGGUGCACAGGGUCUGACUGAGGUGCAGUAUGCCAGUUUGAAGUUUGGAGCUGGUCGUGGGAGACCCUUACCUAGAGCCACAGCUAAAAACAGACAAUAUAAGUAGGCUAAAGCUGCCCUUGUAACACCUUACAUGUGAAUUCACUUUUCUACAAAACCAUAAAAGAAGUGCUUAUUCAGUCAGGGUCAUCGGUUUGUCAAAAUGCUUCUGUGCUUGCUUGCUUAUGUUUUCUGACCUACUUAUUUGAGUCAAUGAUUUAAGGAUUUUUGCUUUUAGAAUAAGGAACUUAUGUUGUCAGAUUGUGUAGUCAUUUUACAAGCUUUGUGAUUAAAAACAAUUCAAUCUUGUUGAAAUAAUAGCCAAAUGUAAAUUACA